UUCCUGGAACAAUGCUGCACGCAGUAGUAUUCCAGCUAUAUGACAGCAAUCUCUAAAUAAAUCUGGACAAGAAUUCUACUUAUGUAAAUCUAGAAAUCUUUCAAGAAUAUUUCACUCAAAUAGCGACUUGUGUGUGGUGGGGAGGGAGGCUUCUUGUACAUUCAGGACUAAUGCUGGUUCUAUAGUGAGAGAUACCAUGCCACAGUUUAACAUGGGUACCCCACUAAGACACAGUAUAUUGACUCUGAGCCGACCUGUUUUAGCUCUGUGUGGCCGACCGCCAGGCAAGGUAACAACAAGUACCAUAUUUUAUCUUCUUUUGAUAUGACGCGGCCGGGGAUCAAACCCCCGACCUUCCGCUCUCGGGGUGGACGCUCUAUCACUAGUCCACGGAGACGGUCAUCGUUACUAAGUAUCGUUAUUACCUCGUGGGGACCCGAGUUAGAACAGGUCCACAGCAACCUAUGCUUGUCGUACCCCACCCAUACACAGUCUGAUUACACCGAGCUGACCCGUCCCUGUUUUAUCCCCUGUGCCUAGGGUAACAACAAGUACCAUAUUUAUACAUCUUUUGGAACCACUUGUCCGGGGAUCGAACCACAGACCUUUGGAUAUCUGAGCAGCCUGUGGUCAAAACAAUUUGAGAACACUUGCCCAAACUUGUGCAUUGGCAUCAGAUCCUGUUGGUUUUUAUGUUGGGCCAAGAACAAAAAAAUCUGUUUCAGGUAACAUGGCCCCAACAGAUUAUUUAUGUAAGGGUAUUUAAUAAUGUUUGACAUGUACAUUCAUGUUUAUUCUGAUGUCAGUGGCAGUGUAUGUCCUAUUUGUUGGUCCAGCAUCAGCAAAGAUAAUAUACAGAACAUUUAAUCUGACAUUUGGGUCACAAGUGAAACAGUGGGUUGGUCAGGUUACCUGAAACAAGUAUUUUCGUUUUUGGCCUUAAUAGAACAACACGUUUACCAUGCCGACUAGACAAAAAGGAUUUUUUCUCUAGAUUUGGAACUAGUGACAUAAUUUGUCGAUAUAUGAAUUAAAAAACUAAUACAUAGCAGUAGAAGUUAACCUGAAAUCUUACUGGCCUGGACAGCAAUAACACAUAAGAACACCAAAAAUCAGCCUGAAAUUCUAACAGUCUUCAGAAUAACUCUAUCAUUAUCUCAGUGGGGCUAACUGGGUAGUACAAAAGUCAGUUGCUGAUUAAUUUUUGAUCAAAAUUAUCAGAAAUUUUAUCAUUGAUGAACAGACAUUGGUGGCGGCCAUAAACUUUUUAUAUUUUGACUUCUUUUCUGAAAUGAAUCAAUGGAUUCAUCUGAAAUUUGUGUGGAUGUGUGUUACUUCAAGGGGAUUAAGUGUCUUCAAAACUUGAAUUUCAAUAUGGCCGCCAGAUAGCCAUUUUUCACUUGAGAACAUGAGAUUAAAAAGAUCUUCUUCGCAAAAACUUAAAGAGCAUGAGACUUGAAACUUUGUGAGACGAUCACCUUAUGUAGUACUCAAUUCGGUUCAAGGCAUCUUGAUCGUAAAUCAAAUAUGGCUGCCAAUGGCCUUAUUAAAAAAUUCAAAGCAUUCUGAAUCAUUGGUCAUUAACAUCUCCUCUUGAUUGCACAUUCUGAUCAACAUGAUCCAAUUUAAUCAUUAAUGUACAGAGUCAGUAUUCAGCAAUUACCAAUCAGUAUCAGUGUAAUAAACUUCCAUUGAAGUUUUCGGCCUGACAUACAAAGAUUUAUUUAUGCAUCUACCGGUAUGCUUGGCUCAUGUUACCAGUGCAAGGUUGGGGCUCAAGUGGACCUGCGUGUGGGUGGCGACUACUUCUAUGACCCUCAGCCAGGCGAGGAGCCUCCCACAAACCUGCUGCUGGUAGCGGGUGGGGUCGGGAUCAACCCCCUCAUGAGUAUGCGGAGCCACGUUCAUGAUCUGCAGCAGAUGGCGACGACACGCAGCAUGUGCCCAAACAAGGUCAUCCUCAUGUUCAGUGCCAAAACCAAGGAGGAACUUUUGUUUAGGAAAAGAAUUGAUGAAUUAUGCAAUAUGAAGUCAAACAACAUGUCAUCAAUGUAUUUCAUCACAGAGGAGACAGCUGGGAAAGGAGACAACACUGUUUACAGUCGAAUCAAAGAGCAGCACAUACAAGAAGUGACGGACAGGUUGAAACCAGGGAAGGUGGAGUGCUACCUGUGUGGUCCAUCCCCCAUGAUAGCAAGUAUAGAAACAAUGCUAAAGGCUUGUGGCAUCACUGAACCCAGCAUUCACUACGAGAGAUGGUGGUAGAUGCUCUGGGAUUGUAUAUUGGAGGAGUAUCAUGGCAUUAUGGAAUUCCUAUGGUAUGUUUUAUUGAGAUUUAAGCACAUAUCAGUUGUGCCCUUGACAAAUGUAGUGAUAAUUCCAAUUAAGUGUUGCUGUAUUUGUCAAAGGAAUUCCCAUGAAGCUCUCAAAAACCUGAAUAACAUCUGUGAUUAAUGAGCAGUCUCAAUUUUUAUUGAUUUACAAUUUCAGGUUUUCAGGUAACUGUAGUACUUUUCCCUUGAUAAUUCAGGGUGGAACUGGUCCCUGUAUUGCAUGCUUGUGGUUAGAGUAACUACGAAAUCAUUGCUUUUACUGCUCUGCUAUUACUAUCGGACAUCUAGUGGUCGCUGACACAUAGCUACGAUUCACGCCUUCAUAAGCUUCUUCUUCAGUAGAUGUUGAAUUUGCCCCGUCCUUCACAAGCUCCGUCACUCUACCUUACAGAAUAUCAUUUAACCUUAUACCCCCUUGUUCCCAAACCACUUACCUUCAAGUACACCCAGUAUUUCAACUAAAAAGAAUUUUGUCAAAAGGACUGCACCUGUCAAAACAAAGGGGUCGAGUUUACUGUUGGGCCAAUGUGUCUAAAAUUCUUAACCUCGACAGAGACAGCAAACUCACAAAACUCAACUCCCAUUUAUGCUGUUUGCAAAGGCGAUUGGUCAAAUACUAAAACAUAGUUAUGCAUUCUGUAAACUACGGUUAUAACGAACUCAAGGGACCACUAAUUUUAGUUCAUAAUAACCGUAGUUCGUUAUAAGCAUACAUAAAGCAUAUAUGCAACAAAUGGAUACCAGUUCGUUAUAAGGGUGUUAGUUAUAAAGGUAGUUUUCUAUACUUACAUUUGCAUGAAAAUCCUUUCCUACUGCAACAGGAAUAAUAGUAGAUUAUAUGUGGAUACAGAACACCCCCCACCACCUCCCAUGAGGUGUCUAUGACGUCAUUGACCUAUGACCUCCAUAUGACCUGGCCUUGACCUCUCACCUUGACCUCUGAUCUCAUUUGAUAUCUGUGAGGUCACACUAUUGUCCUAGGUCAACAGUGAGUUGAAUAGGUAUUGUCCUUAGGUCAACAGGGAGUUGAAUGGGUAUUGUAGUCAAUCGCACCUCUGUCAAUAAGGUAUUGAGACCG